AGUAAAACUACAAUCCCACAAUCCUUUGUGCGAAGCGAUGUUUCUUGUCGACGUGGGAAGGGAGGCAUCCGGACGCAAACAAAUAUUCACUGGUUUGACGUGUGCAGUGUUGUGAGGUAGCCGUGGAAUGACAGGAGAAUUUGGCAGACGAGCCGCGGACAACAUUCGUAACCAUGUGGCUUAAACCCGAAGAAAUAUUGCUGAAAAACGCCUUUAAAUUGUGGGUCACGGAGAAGGAUAAUGAAUAUUUCGUGCUCCAGAGAAGGCGAGGAUAUGGUGAAGGUGGAGGCGGCUUGACAGGUCUCCUUGUGGGAACGCUGGACACCGUGCUGGACUCCACAUCCAAAGUAGCUCCUUUUCGCAUUUUGCACCACACACCAGACUCACAAGUGUAUUGGUCCAUUGCAUGCGGCGUCACUAAGGAGGAGAUUGUCCAGCACUGGGAUUGGCUCCAGCAGAAUAUAAUGAGGACGCUCUUUGUUUUUGACUCCAGCGAGGACAUCACCAGCUUUGUACAGGGCAAGAUCAGAGGUCUGAUUGCUGAAGAAGGGAAAACAUCCCAUGUGCUGGAGGAUAAUCCAGAGAAGUUCAGAGAGGCGUACUUGAGAUUUGAGAAUUGGUUUGCCUUGCCAGCGGAGGAAAAGCUGGUCACAUAUUACUCGUGCAGUUACUGGAAGGGCAAAGUGCCCUGUCAGGGUUGGCUGUACCUCAGCACCAACUUCCUGUGCUUCUAUUCUUACCUGCUGGGAGCUGAGGUGAAACUGGUCAUCUCCUGGGAUGAGAUCUGGAGGCUGGAGAAAACAUCAAAUGUCAUCCUGACAGAGAGCAUCCACGUCGUGGCUCAUGGGGAGGAUCACUACUUCUCCAUGUUGCUGCACCUUAACGAAACCUUUGUCAUCAUGGAGCAGCUAGCUGACUACUCCAUCAAGCGCCUUUUUGAUAAAGAGGCUUUUGAGAGAGAGAUACCACUCUCGGACCCCCUGCAAAUUACCAAAAGAGGCCUCGAAGCGCACGCAAAGAGUGAGCAGUUCCGGACAUUUUUCAGGCUUCCCAGAGAAGAAAAUCUGUUAGAAGUGCACGAGAGUUUCCUGUGGGUGCCUUUCAGCCAUUUAAAUACACUUGGCAAGAUCUGUCUGUCUGAGAGCUACUUAUGUUUCGCCAGCCAGGAUGGGAGCCAGUGUCACAUCAUUAUUCCAAUGCGUGAGGUCGUAAGUGUCGAAAAGCCCGAUUCUAGCAGCCGGGCUUUAACGGUGUGUGUGCGUGGGAAAAGGGCGCUGCGUUUCACCGAGGUGCGGGACUACCAGCGUCUGGCGACCACGCUCCGAAGCAGGUGUGGGAUCACUGCCAGCCCUCAGCACUCCGCUUCAGUUGAGAUCAUACAGGGCGAAUGUCAGUCGCUCAUCAACCACUUUGAGGACAACCCAGAGGACGUGACUCUCAUGGUGGGCCAGAAAGACAGCAGCAAGGCAGUGAGCACUGAGGCUCUCAUGACUGUUUUUCACCCUCAGGAUGUUGAAAACCUCGACCCCAAAAUGCUUAAAGAAAAGAUGAAGGAGCAGUCUUGGAACAUCCAUUUUUCGGAAUACGGACGUGGCACAAGUAUGUUCUUUACCAAAAAGACACGUGACUUGAUCGUCCGUGGCGUCCCAGAGGCCUUGAGAGGAGAACUGUGGAUGCUUUUUUCAGGAGCUGUAAACGACAUGGCGACCCACCCCGGCUAUUACACAGAGCUGGUGGAACAGUCUCUAGGGACAAGCACGUUGGCGACAGACGAGAUUGAGAGGGACCUUCAUCGUUCUCUACCCGAGCAUCCUGCCUUUCAGAGUGACACUGGAAUAUCCGCUCUUCGUAGAGUCCUCACUGCGUAUGCCUGCAGAAACCCUAAAAUUGGCUACUGCCAGGCCAUGAACAUUCUCACCUCUGUGUUGCUGCUCUACGCCAAAGAGGAGGAGGCCUUCUGGCUUUUAGUGGCCGUUUGUGAAAGGAUGUUGCCAGAUUAUUUCAACAGGCGAAUUAUAGGUGCUUUGGUGGACCAGGCUGUCUUUGAAGAUCUGAUUCGCGAGAACCUCCCCCAGCUAGUAGAGAACAUGACAGACCUGAGUUUCUUCUCAUCUGUAUCCUUGUCCUGGUUUCUGACGCUCUUCAUCAGUGUACUGCCCAUCGAAAGUGCUGUGAACGUGGUGGAUUGCUUUUUCUACGACGGCAUCAAAGCAAUCUUGCAGCUCGGGCUGGCAGUGCUCAACUACAACAUGGAGGCUCUGAUAAGUUGCCACGAUGAUGCAGAGGCUGUCACCAUCCUUAACAAAUUUUUUGACAGCGUGACAAACAAAGACAGCCCGUUACCGCCAACAGUGCAGCAAGCCCCCGUGGGCAACAACGAUAAGUCAUCUCACUUCAACGUGGACAUCAGUGAACUGAUCCGAGAAGCCUACGAGAAAUUUGGCAGCAUUCGCUCAGAGGAAGUGGAAAGUUCACGAAAGAGAAACAGACUGUUUGUGAUCCAGACACUGGAGGACACAACCAAGCAAAAUGUUAUUCGCGUGGUAUCCCAAGAAGUCAAAUUCUCCCCACUCCAGCUUGAUGAACUCUACAAUCUGUUCAAAAGGCAGCAUUUUCUCAGCUGCUACUGGACUAUGAAAAGUCCCGCACUGCUCCAUCAUGACCCGAGUCUGGCCUACCUUGAGCAGUACCAGCUGGGCUUUCAACAGUUCGCUGUAAUCUUCCCCCUGCUGGAACCUUGGACCUUUUGCACCAACAACAGCAAUCUUUCGCUUUGGGUUUUCCGCCUAAUCGACGAGAACCAGGAUGGCUUAGUCAACUUCAAAGAGUUCUGUUGUGCCCUUGAUACUUUGUACUGCGGGACCUUCACAAACAAGCUUAAAUUUCUUUUCAAACUGCAUCUGCCGCCAGCCUUCACAGGUAGUCCUUUGCACGCACAGGAACCCAGACUCCCAAACUUUUUUCCAACGACUGAAGACUCACUUCACUUGACUAGACUUCCUGAAUUUGCUCUUCCAGAAGAUGGUGUGAUUAAAAAAAGUCCUGAGAGAGGUAGAGGAAAAGUGGAUCUCCAGGCAUACCUGAAACAAUGGCAGAAUGAAAUACUUAGGAAAGAGGAAACCAUCAAGGACCUUCCUAGAAUCAAUCAGGCUCAAUUCAUUCAGUUCUCCAAGACCUUGUAUAACAUCUUUCACGGCGACCCAGAGGAGGAAUCCUUAUACCGCGCUGUGGCCCACGUUACCAGCCUCCUCCUGAGGAUGGAGGAGGUGGGCCGCAGGCUUCAGGAGUCCAACAGCCCGGCCUCGCCCUCAAAGCCCGCGGGCGAAGCACCUCCAACCGCCGAAAGCUCAGACACCUCCAGCCCCCAGGAGGCGGCGCCCGGGCCCGCAGAGACGGAUUGGUCCUUUUCAUUCGAGCAAGUCCUGGCGUCGCUGCUCAACGAACCGACGAUAGUUAGCUUCUUUGACAGACAUGUAGACAUUCAAAGUAAAGUGACACAAGCACAAGUAGCCCAGCUGAAGCUAACAGGAAAUAACAAGUGAGUGGACGCAUUAUUCAAUCAUUGGAAAAAGUCUAUUUUUAUUUUUAUUUUUAUUAAUUUCUGACCCUUGAGCAGAAAAUAGCGGUUUAGAUUAGAAUAGGCAGAUGAAGGGAAGGGCAAAAAGGGCUGACAUGCAGAUAUGGAACAUGCACACAGGAAGCACCUUAUUAAAUCUUACAUUCUCAUCCCACUAUUUACUCAUCUGUCACUCAACAGUAUUCCACUCACUAUGUUGAGUUUUAGUUCCAUUAUGCUGCGCUUCAAUGUUGCACCCAUGCAGCCCCCUACAUUAUUAAAAUGUAUUCUAUAAAACACAUAAUUACAGUUUGCCGUACAAUAUUCAAAAGCCCAAUGGAUGAGGCUGUCCUUAUACCUGCCGAGGCCACCAUUGUACUGUAAAUGUCAUGUAUACAGUGCGUAGCUGCGUGCUGAUGUGUGUUGUCCGGUGAGCCCGCAUCUUCUCAAUUUUUCAUAUUGUGCAUUAAGUCAGGCUAAACACUGAGAAUGAUGUUUCUUAAUUUGUAACACCAUCUCACACACAGUAUCGCUAGUACCAGCGCAACUGCAUCAACAGUGUUGACGUUGAUUAAUAUGUAAUACAGCGACGGAAGGUUUAUAAAGGCCACUGAAGGAUACUUUAGUUUAAUCAAAUCUCAGGGUGCAAUUUGCGUACGUGUAACUGUUGUUUUAUCCUGAUAAGGGUAGUUUGACCUAUAUGACUGAAUUGUGUAACGCUCAAUGUGGAGCAUGUGUAGCAGUUUUCAUAUUGUCACGCUUUAGCCUUCAAAGACAUGCAAAGGCUGCUUACGCUCACUUUAUUUGCAUAUACUUAUUCUACAUUAUGCCUUCUUCUGAAUCUCUUGGAGUAAAAGAGACAUUUAACCCUCAGGGGACAAAGUCUUUUUUUUUUUGUCCUUUCACAGUAACUUUUUGUUGUAUUUUGGCCACAAUUUUUUUCUGUUCAAUUUUAAAAUGUCUAUGUCCAGUUCUUUCACAAGUGUACAAUACACUGACAGUUAUUAGAAAAUACCCCAAAGCCAUUUUGGACAUAAAAGUAGGCGAUUUUUGUGAAAAUGUAUGCGAUCUCCUUUUAAAGCCGAUAACGAACACUGAUCCCCUCCGGCUUGCAUUGUAUUUAUUUUUAGUUUCCACGCUGACAAGCGGCGAGCAUCUUAUUAUGUGUCUAUAUACACAAAAAAUAAACUGCGUUUCUUAGUACCCCAAGUAUCAUUAUCAAGUAUCGUUUAUAAGUGGAGGACCAGCCUAAACAUGUUAAACACCGAAAGCAAUCCAGGAGUAGGCAUGCUAAUAGCUAUGCUAACCACUAAGCUGUUUUUUAAACAACACAAAAAAUACCUACAACUUAGUAAAGUUUAAGACAGGGGUCCUUAAACUUUUUGACUCAGAGGCUGCAUUGGGUUACAACAAUUUGUCCGGGGGCCGGGCUAGAUAUAUAUAUAUAUAUAUAUAUAUAUACAGUGGGGCAAAAAAGUAUUUAGUCAGCCACCGAUUGUGCAAGUUCUCCCACUUAAAAUGAUGACAGAGGUCUGUAAUUUUCAUCAUAGGUACACUUCAACUGUGAGAGACAGAAUGUGAAAAAACAUCCAGGAAUUCACAUUGUAGGAAUUUGAAAGAAUUUAUUUGUAAAUUAUGGUGGAAAAUAAGUAUUUGGUAAAUAACAAAAUUUCAACUAAAUACUUUGUAAUAUAACCUUUGUUGGCAAUAUCCAUCAGUCUUCUUCUGCUUAUCCGGGGACCAGUCGCGGGGGCAGCAGCCUAAGCAGGGAAGCCCAGACUUCCCUCUCCCCAGCCACUUCGUCUAGCUCUUCCCGGGGAUCCUGAGGCGUUCCCAGGCCAGCCGGGAGACAUAGUCUUCCCAAAAUUUCCUGGGUCUUCCCGUGGCCUCCUACCGGUUGGACGUGCCCUAAACACCUCCCUCGGGAGGCGUUCGGGUGGCAUCCUGACCAGAUGCCCGAACCACCUCAUCUGACUCCUCUCGAUGUGGAGGAGCAGCGGCUUUACUUUGAGUUCCUCCUGGAUGACAGCGCUUCUCACCCUAUCUUUAAGGGAGAGCUCCGCCACACGGCAGAGGAAACUCAUUUCGGCCGCUUGUACCCGUGAUUUUAUCCUUUCGGUCAUGACCCAAAGCUCAUGACCAUAGGUGACGAUGGGAACGUAGAUCGACCGGUAAAUUGAGAGCUUUGCCUUCCGGCUCAGCUCCUUCUUCACCACAACGGAUCGGUACAACGUCCGCAUUACUGAAGACGCCGCACCAAUCCGCCUGUCGAUCUCACGAUCCACUCUUCCCUCACUCGUGAACAAGACUCCUAGGUACUUGAACUCCUCCCCAACCCGGAGAUGGCAUUCCACCCUUUUCCGGGCGAGAACCAUGGACUCGGACUUGGAAGUGCUGAUUCUCAUUCCGGUCGCUUCACACUCGGCUGCGAACCGAUCCAGUUAGAGCUGAAGAUCCCGGCCAGAUGAAGCCAUCAGGACCACAUCAUCUACAAAAAGCAGAGACCUAAUCCCGCGGUCACCAAACCAGAACCCCUCAACGCCUUGACUACGCCUAGAAAUUCUGUCCAUAAAAGUUAUGAACAGAAUUGGUGACAAAGGACAGCCUUGGCUGAGUCCAACCCUCACUGGAAAUGUGUUCGACUUACUGCCGGCAAUACGGACCAAGCUCUGACACUGAUCGUACAGGGAGCGGACCGCCACAAUAAGACAGUUCGAUACCCCAUACUCUCUGAGCACUCCCAACAGGAAUUCCCGAGGGACACGGUCGAAUGCCUUCUCCAAGUCCCCAAAGCACAUGUAGACUAGUUGGGCAAACUCCCAUGCACCCUCAAGAACCCUGCCGAGAGUAUAGAGCUGGUCCACAGUUCCACGACCAGGACGAAAACCACACUGAUCCUCCGGAAUCCGAGGUUAGACUAUCCGGCGAGGCCUCCUCUCCAGUACACCUGAAUAAACCUUACCGGGGAGGCUGAGGAGUGUGAUCCCACGAUAGUUGGAACACACCCUCCGGUCCCCCUUCUUAAAGAGAGAGGAACCACCACCCCGGUCUGCCAAUCCAGAGGUAACGGCCCGAUGUCCAUGCGAUGCUGCAGAGUCUUGUCAACCAAAACAGCCCCGCAGCAUCCAGAGCCUUAAGGAACUCCGGACGGAUCUCAUCCACCCCUGGGGCCUUGCAACCGAGGAGCUUUUUAACUACCUCAGCAACCUCAGCCCCAGGACUAGGAAAGCCCACCACAGAAUCCCCAGGCACUGCUUCCUCAUAGGAAGACGUGUUGGUGGGAUUGAGGAGGUUUUCGAAGUUUUCCUUCCACCUAUCCACAACAUCCGCAGUUGAGGUCAGCACAACACCAUCCGCACCAUACACGGUGUUGAUAGUGCACUGCUUCCCCUUUCUGAGGCGGCGGAUGGUGGUCCAGAAUUGCUUCAAAGCCGUUCGGAAGUCGUUUUCCAUGGCUCCCCCAAACUCCUCCCUGUCCGAGUUUUUGCCUCAACGACCGCUGAAUAUGUACACCGCUUGGCCUGUCGGUACCUGUCCACUGCCUCCGGAGUCCUAUGAGCCAAAAGAUUGCCAAAUUAUUAUUGGCAAUAACAGAGGUCAAACGAUUACUAUAGGUCUUUACCAGGUUUGCACACACAGUAGCUGGUCGUUUGGCCCAUUCCUCUAUGCAGAUCUUCUCGAGAGAAUUGAUGUUUUGGGGCUGUCGCCCAGCAACACGGACUUUCAACUCCCUCCAUAGAUUUACUAUGGAGUUGAGGUCUGGAGACUGGCUAGGCCACUCCAGGACUUUCAAAUGCUUCUUACAGAGCCACUCCUUUGCUGCUGUGUUUGGGAUCAUUGUCAUGCUGGAAGACCCAGCCACGGUUCAUCUUAAAAGCUCUCACUGAUGGAAGGAGGUUUUGGCUCAAAAUCUCACGAUACAUGGCCCCAUUCAUUCUUUCCUUAACACGGAUCAGUCGUCCUGUCCCCUUAGCAGAAAAACAGCCCCAAAGCAUGAUGUUUCCACCCCCAUACUUCACAGUAGGUAUGGUGUUCUUGGGAUGCAACUCAGUAUUCUUCUUCCUCCAAACACGACGAGUUGAGUUCAUACCAAAAAGUUAUAUUUUGGUUUCAUCUGACCACAUGGCAUUCUCCCCAUCCUCUGCUGUAUCAUCCAUGUGCUCUCUGGCAAACUUCAGACGGGCCUGGACAUGCACUGGCUUAAGCAGGGGGACACGUCUGGCACUGCAGGAUUUGAUUCCCUGUCGGCGUAGUUUGUUACUGAUGUUAACCUUUGUUACUUUGGUCCCAGCUCUCUGCAGAUCAUUCACCAGGCCUCCCCCGUGUGGUUCUGGGAUUUUUGCUCACCGCUCUCAUGAUCAUUUUGACCCCACGGGAUGAGAUCUUGUGUGGAGCCCCAGAUCGAGGGAGAUUAUCAAUGGUCUUGUAUGUCUUCCAUUUUCUGAUAAUUGCUCCCACAGUUGAUUUUUUCACACCAAGCUGCUUGCCUAUUGUAGAUUCACUCUUCCCAGUCUGGUGCAGGUCUACAAUUCUUUUCCUGGUGUCCUUCGACAGCUCUUUGGUCUUGGCCAUAGUGGAGUUGGGAGUCUGACUGUUUGAGGCUGUGGACAGGUGUCUUUUAUACAGAUAACGGGUUCAAACAUGUUCCAUUAAUACAGGUAACGAGUGGAGGACAGAAAAUCUUCUUAAAGAAAUAAAUAAAUAAAUGGGUUGUACUUGUAUAGCGCUUUUCUACCUUCAAGGUACUCAAAGCGCUUUGACACUACUUCCACAUUUACCCAUUCACACACACAUUCACACACUGAUGGAGGGAGCUGCCAUGCAAGGCGCCAACCAGCACCCAUCAGGAGCAAGGGUGAAGUGUCUUGCUCAGGACACAACGGACGUGACGAGGUUGGUUCUAGGUGGGAUUUGAACCAGUGACCUUCGGGUUGCGCACGGCCACUCUCCCACUGCGCCACGCCGUCCCUAAGAAGAAGUUACAGGUCUGUGAGAGCCAGAGAUUUUCCUUGUUAGAAGUGACCAAAUACUUAUUUCCACCAUAAUUUACAAAUAAAUUCUUUAAAAUUGCUACAAUGUGAAUUCCCGGAUUUUUUUCCUUCACAUUCUUUCUCUCACAGUUGAAGUGUACCUAUGAUGAAAAUUACAGACCUCUGUCAUCAUUUUAAGUGGGAGAACUAGCACAAUCGGUGGCUGACUAAAUACUUUUUGCCCCACUGUAUACUGUAUAUAUAUAUAUAUAUAUAUAUAUACAUAUAUAUAUAUAUAUAUUUACAGAUACAUAUAUACAUACAUAUAUGUAUACAUAUAUAUAUAUAUAUAUACUGUAUAUAUAUAUAUAUAUACUGUGUGAAUAUAUAUAUAUAUAUAUAUAUUUCUCACGUACUAAUUGACUGAAAGAGAGCACACAUUUGUUGCGUGCUUGUCCGACACUUCGGCGCGAGGGCGUUGAUGUCACAUUAUCGAUGGCAAAAGGCAUUUUUAGACAAUAUGAUUUGCCUGAGCACCCAAGAGACACCAAGAGUAACAAGCGGUAGCAAAUGAAUUAGAAAGGAGAGCUUUUAAAAAAAAUUUUGGAUUUAAACUUGGCACUUCCCGGGGCCCGGAUUUUGGACGCUGGUGGGCCGGAUUGGGCCCACAGGUCGUAGUUUGGGGACCCCUGGUUUAAGAAAUGUAGCUGGAACCACUUUACAGCCGAAAGUAAGCAGAUAUUAACAGGAAAUUAAUAAGUAGUUAAGAGUCUAGAGGGAGGAUAAUAUAACAACAGUUAAUGUGUCAGCAUUGUCACAGUCUGUACAGGACAAAAAGAGGAGUUCAAAUUUAUCCAUAAAUUUGUGAUGUCGAUACCAAUGGUAAUAGCAUAUAGUCGAUACGACAGCGCAAGGACGAUAUUUUUAUUUUCUCAAAAUAAUUUUUGUCUUUUUUAAAUGAUUACAAACUCAGGGAAAAAUUCCCCGAACACAGUUUUUGCUUUUGUUUAGUUGUUGUGUACCAUACUGACUUAGUUUUUAUCAAACAAUGUUGUUUAAUAAAAGAGAAUUAAAAAACUGCUUUAAAUAUUUUGUUAAUAUUGUUAAACUGUCAAUAGCACUCACUAUGAAUGCAUUGAAAAAUGUACAUGUGAUCGGCAUUGGUAUGGGCUGAUUCCGCUCAAGGGUUAGAGUUAGUAGUAGGUGUUAGUAUCGGAUUUGGCAGCAUAGAACCCUGAUGAGAACAUCCCUACAUCCAACACUAAUAAAAGUCUAAAUAAAAACAAUUUUGAUAGCUUUUUUUUUUUUUACUUUUUUUGCUCAAAAGUCUAUAUCAAUUUUUUCUUUAAACAAAACUCAAGAAAUGAUCCCUUUUAUAGCCUUGUGAUCAAAUGAUGUCACAAGUGACAAUUCGUAUAUAUUUGCAUAACAUAAGUUCUUAUACUAAGUUAAACCUGUGACACUAUUUAAUCAAAAUAAAAAUGCAUGUUAGAUUAUUUUUGUAGAGGACUCAAGUUUAUUGAAAUUUUUGUGCAAAAAAAAAAAAAAAAAAAAAAUCCAAAUCCUAAAUGUUUUUAUGCCCUUUUAUGUACAGUUUGCCUUUGAAUAUGAUUACAUUUGAAUGUCCCCAGAGGGUUAAAAGCUUUAUUUAAUUUUGUGUCGGAUAAUACUGUUCUCAAAGCUUCAUAUAUAUAUAUUUUGUAAUUUUUCAUAGCAUAAAGUAUUUAUAGUCAGUGCUGCAACUGCGAGUGAUACAAACCAGCAUCAUCCAUUAAAAUGAAUGAUUGAUAUUUGUAAAUGUUUACAUAUAUAAUGUAAAAAACAUGGCGGUACUUCAGUUUUCAGUUGUAAUCUAUUCCAGACAUUCCCCAAUAAAACAUUUUAUAUGUAACAAUUAUACAAACCCUGUUUCCAUAUGAGUUGGGAAAUUGUGUUAGAUGUAAAUAUAAACGGAAUACAAUGAUUUGCAAAUCCUUUUCAACCCAUAUUCAGUUGAAUAUGCUACAAAGACAACAUAUUUGAUGUUCAAACUGAUAAACAUUUUUUUUUGCAUAUAAUCAUUAACUUUAGACUUUGAUGCCAGCAACACGUGACAAAGAAGUUGGGAAAGGUGGCAAUAAAUACUGAUAAAGUUGAAGAAUGCUCAUCAAACACUUAAAUGGAACAUCCCACAGGUCAGCAGGCUAAUUGGGAACAGGUGGGUACCAUGAUUGGGUAUAAAAGCAGCUUCCAUGAAAUUCUCAGUAAUUCACAAACAAGGAUGGGGCGAAGGUCACCAAUUUGUAAGCAAAUUGUCGAACAAUUUUAGAACAACGUUUCUCAAUGAGCUAUUGCAAGGAAUUUAGGAAUUUUACCAUCUACGUUCCAUAAAAUCAUCAAAAGGUUCAGAGAAUCUGGAAAAAUCACUGCACGUAAGUGAUGAUAUUACAGACCUUUGAUCCCUCAGGCGGUACUGCAUCAAAAACCGACAUCGAUGUGUAAAGGAUAUUACCACAUGGGCUCAGGAACACUUCAUAAAAACACUGUCAGUAACUACAGUUGGUCGCUACAUCUGUAAGUGCAAGUUAGAAUUACUAUUCAAAGCCAGACCCAUUUAUCAACAGCACCCAGAAACACCGCUGGCUUCGCUGGGCCUGAGCUCAUCUAAGAUGGACUGAUGCAAAGUGGAAACGUGUCCUGUGGUCUGACGAGUCCACAUUUCCAAUUAUAUUUGUAAACUGUGGACCUGGUGUCCUCCGUAACAAAGAGGAAAUUAACCAUCUGGAUUGUUAUAGGCGCAAAUUUGAAAAGCCAGCAUCUGUGAUGGUAUCGGGGUGUAUUAGUGCCCAAGGCAUGGGUAACUUACACAUCUGUGAAGGCACCAUUAAUGCUGAAAGGUCCAUACAGGUUUUGGAGCAACAUAUGUUGUCAUCCAAGCAACGUUAUCAUGGAUGCCCCUGCUUAUUUCAGCGAGACAAUUGCAAGCCACGUGUUACAACAGCUUGGCUUCGUAGUAAAAGAGUGCGGGUACUUUCCUGGCCCGCCUGCAGUCCAGACCUGUCUCCCAUCGAAAAUGUGUGGCGCAUUCUGAAGUGUAAAAUACGACAGCAGAGACCCCUGACUGUUGAACGACUGAAGCUCUACAUAAAACAAGAAUGGGAAACAAUUCCACUUUCAAAGCUUCAACAAUUAGUUUCCUCAGUUCCCAAACAUUUAUUGAGUGUUGUUAAAAGAAAAGGUGAUGUAACACAGUGGUGAACAUGCCCUUUCCCAACUACUUUGGCACGUGUUGCAGCCAUGAAAUUCUAAUUUAAUUAUUAUUUGCACAAAAAAAAAAGUUUCUGAGUUUGAACAUCAAAUAUCUUGUUUUUGUAGUGCAUUCAAUUGAAUAUGGGUUGAAAAAGAUUUGCAAUUCAUUGUAUUCCGUUUAUAUUUACAUCCAACACAAUUUCCCAACUCAUAUGGAAAUAGGGUUUGUAGUUUAACAUGCAGAAAACAAUGCAAAAAUGAAUAUUUGACAUUACUUUUAACUUUAUUAAAGACUGUUGUUAUCAAAGGGCUCUCACUCUCAACUUUAUUUGGCCCCAUGGUGGCUUGUCUGGUUGUAUUAAAAGAAAGAACAGAGUGAUUAAGUCACUAACGUGUUUGGGCACUUGAUUCUGUGGAAUGAUACUUGACGAGAUUAUUACCUGAAUAUUCAUUUGUACGAUAACUGAGACGGUAUACAAAAUACGUGGCUGUAUUUUAACAAAAUCUUUAGUCAAAAAGAAUCGUAUGAAAACUGAGGUACUGCUGUAAAAGAACAUCACUUAAAGCCAUAGUACCCAGGCCUCUAUUUUUUUUUUUAAAUAUGUACCUGUUGUUUUCAUUAUUCCAGUAGUAUUGCUUCUGUGAUGCAUUUAAAUAGAAGACUAUACCGAACAUAUAUUGACUAUAUUGCACAGAUAUACAUUACAGUAAAUGUGUUUCAAAAUGACUAUUGUGUAUCUACGUUUUUAAUUGUCCAUGAUAAUAAUGAUUUUUUUUUUUUUUUUUUGCAAAUGUACUUCUUUUUUUGCAAAUGUACUUCAUCUUCAAAGCAAAACCAACAAUUUCAAAGUAACGUUGCCACGUGAGGACUUGACAUUUUCCAUUCAGCUAAUUGCCAUAUCGCACAUUUCACACCUUUAUAGUUUGUUUGACUUCUGAGAAAUCUGUUUAUUCAAUCAAGGCUUUGAUUCCUACAAAAUUGCACUUCACAUGACUGUUUUUGUGUUUUUUUGGGUAAAGGAGAUGACCCGACAUAAGUGCAAUGAUAAAAGUGUAAAUCUUUAUUACUGGAGUAACGUUUUUAUGUAUGAAAUUAUCAGCUUCAUGUGUGACUAGGUGAUACUUCUGUUGCUUGGUGAUGAUGUUGUUUUUUUCCAUUAUUGUUCAAAGUACAUCAGAAUAAAGAAUGGCCAUUUUUAAAUUA